UGUCUUCCAAUCUCUUCAUUUCUUCCAAUGAACUCGUGACCUUGGACUUCUUGUUCCCUACCUCUCAAGAAUUCUUGGAGGCGUUCGACAUCAGAGAGUGGCAGUUUUCGAAGGAGAACGAAUUUGGACACCUCUUCUCCGAAUUUUUUGACCAAGAGCCCGUGGCACACGAGCCCGAGCUCCUCAAUGCCCUUGAGGUCGCACAAUCGAACGACGGCGACGACCGCCAUGCUCUAUCCUUGGCCGAUGGCGCCCCUGGGCCCUCAACACUGCAUUCUUCCUCCAUGCCUCCCUUCGCGACACCACCUUUUCCGGAACCGGAAUACGCCCAAGAGACGGCGUCUAUUACGAUGGGGAUGGGACUCGGGAUGGGACUUCAUCCUACUGCAUCCAAUGACAUUAACGUCCCCGGCAUUGUCACGGUCGACAAUUCUUUUGCGCCCCCAACUUCCACACAUCCCAUGGGAUCGUUCCCAUCUUCCAACUUCACCUUUGACGUGGCGCAACUAGCCUAUCCGUCUCAUCACUAUUACCCUGGACAGCCUCCGACAGCUAUUACUUCAAACUAUCCAACAUAUAUUGGCCCCAAUACGCCGACUGGGUACGACGUCGGCAUCGCUCAGGCUUCUGGAUCCUCAAGUAUACACCAGCCUGAGCCCGCUUCUUCUUUGGUCCUGCCGGGACUUCAACUGGAACGCAUCGCUCUUGAGACCGUCCAACCGACUGCGAGCGGGUCGAACCUACAUUCAGGCUCCGGCGUGAUUCGACGAUGGGUUGACGACAACGAUGCAGCGGCGGUCGCACAACGGCCGCCCACGAAGCGCCGGAGGGUGAGGGUGCAAGCGACACCCACCGCGGUGGCUAGCACAAGCGCUAGCCGGCCCUCAUCCUCGGGGUCAUCGAUGUCAAUGUCUUCUUCAUCUCCUUCAGGGUCCUCCCCUUCCGCCUCCUCCUCGUCCUCGGCAACUCCCUCUAUCCAUGCAUCCAGCUUCAGUCACCUUUCCGACGGACGCUACCGGUGCAAAAUCUGCGUUGUUCCCACAUAUGCAGACACCGAACGGGACAUCGUCCGUCACCUGGAGAGUGCCAAGGCACACAACCCCCAGCGCGUAUUGUGCAGGGAUACCGUGUACCGGUGCCCUUGCCCCAAGCCGCGCCUUUUGGGAAAGAGGAAAGAUUCUCACAAGCGCCAUGUACGUGGGUAUAUCAUCUCGGAGAGGAGUGAGGCGAUCGAAUUGGGGGAUAAGGAACGCCUUGAUAACGUGGACGCGUACGAGGCGGGGUUGAAGAGAGACAGGCUGCUUUGAC